AGACAUGGUUGCUGAGGCUAUAAGGCCAUUGGUUGAAACCGACCCAUCCAUGAAGGUGAAAUCUAUAAUUGCAGAAGUCCAAUCAAGGUUCAACUAUACCAUUAGUUACCGAAAGGCUUGGUUGGCAAAGCAGAAGUCGAUAGCCAGAGUUUUUGGUGGUUGGAAAUUAUCUUAUGAAGCUUUGUCGUGGUGGUUCUUAGCAAUGGUUCAGAAGAUGUCUGGCUCAACUGUCCAAAUAGAAACACGACCCUUAUGUAACGGGAGUGAAGAGGCGGACGGUGUCAGGAUACUUCAGCGGGUAUUCUGGAGUUUCAAUUCAUGCUAUAAAGCGUUCCGGCAUUGCAAGCCUUUAGUUCAAGUUGAUGGCACACACCUUUACGGAAAAUAUAAAGGUGCCUUUUUGGUUGCAGUUGCACAAGAUGGGAACCAAAACAUUGUGCCGAUUGCUUUUGCCAUCGUGGAAGGGUUGACCGCUGAUACGUGGUACUUUUUUCUCAGUAAUUUAAGAAGGCAUGUUGUUAGAAAAGUCGGUGUGGGAAUAAUCUCUGAUCGACAUGAGUCAAUACGGGCAGCAAUAAAUCGUAACAACGGUGAUUGGAAACCUCCAAGAGCAUGGUGGAUGUUUUGCAUUAGACACAUCAGUUGCAACUUCUUAAGGGCAUUCAAGGACCCGUACUUGCAGAAGCUUGUUGUCAAUAUAGGUUAUUCAAGAACAGUGGACGAGUACAACAUCAACUACAAGAAGUUGCAAGAGCGAAGUGAGGGAUAUGCCCGAUGGUGUGACAAUCUCGAACUUCACCAGUGGGUAUUGGCAUUUGACGAGGGACAUCGAUGGGGUCACAUGACGACAAACCUAGUCGAGUGCCUAAAUUCAUUGUUGGAAGGUGUCCGAAAUGUUCCUGUGUUGGCCCUUGUCUGAGCAACAUAUUAUCGCUUGGACCAGCUCUUUACGCAAAAGAGUGCUGAGGCUCACGAGCACAAGCGUGCUGGAUUUACCUACUCUGAAUUUGCCACUCAACACAUAGAAGAAAAUAUGCAACGUGCAAAAAAUUUAGUUGUGCAUCGGUUUGAUGGAAGAAAUGAGGUGUUCACGAUGCGCGAAAUGCCUAGUGGAAAAGUGUUAGUUGUUGAUCUUGCGCGGCGGGUGUGUGACUGUGGGCACUUUCAGGUGAAACGACUACCUUGUUGCCACGUUAUUGCUUGUUAUGUUAACCAGCGACUCGAUUGGCAGGUGUAUGUUAAUGAUGUAUACAAGAUGUCAGAGAUUCGCAAGGUCUACAGAGUGGAGUUUGUCCCAGUAGGCGAUCCUGAGACAUGGCCUGGUUACUCGGAACCGACGUUGGUUGCUAAUCCUACCUUGAGGCGAACGUCGAAAGGUCAACCCAAAGGUCCUCGAAUAUGCCAUCUCUGCGGUAAACAGGGUCAUUGCCGUAGUCGAUGUCUUCAGUAUGUUGGACCGAGUGGGGUUGGUAGCAGUGGUGGUUCAUAGGUCUUUGUUGGUCGUUGUAUUUGUAUUUUAAAGUUAAUUUUAUAAAUUAAUGUAUUUAAAUUUAUCUGUUAA